CCUAACACGUUAGAGCCAUUGGAGGUCAUUGUCAAGAUCUGAAUAAAAUGGAACGACUUAAAAUUUUAAAAGGAUAUUUAAACUUUGGAAAAGUGGCAGUGAUCAGAACAUUGUUCCUGUUCUUAGUAACACUGAUCGUAUUCACGUAUUUUACAGUUUUUCGGGAUACUGGCAAAAAGUUUCCCGAUUUUGAGUUCUGGGAAAUGCCUGAUGAUAUGCAGUCUUCAGAGCAGAAGAUGAUAAUAAAUGGACAGCCGAAAUGGAAACCUGAGUAUUUGGGUCAGGUGAACAUGCAUGUUUUUGAAGACUGGUGUGGAGGAUCUGUGGACCAGCUAAGAAGAAAUGAGUUGUUUCCUAUGUUCCCCCAUUCACGUACUACAAUCAAAAGGCUUGCUGUGUAUCCUGGAUGGGAAAACUAUGGGCUGAGAAUCUUUGGAUACAUUCAUCCUGUAAUAAAUGGAGAAUACUUGUUUGCCAUUGCUUCUGAUGAUAACUCUGAGUUUUGGCUAAGUUCAGAUGAAAACACCAAAAAUCUAAAACUCAUUGCUUUCCUUGGCAAGGCAGGAAAUGAAUGGGCUGCACCAGGGGAAUAUGAGAAAUUUGCAUCUCAGAUAUCUGAGCCUUUAGUGCUUUCAAAAAAACAACGAUAUUACUUUGAAAUAAUCUACAAGCAAAGUGAAGAAAUGGAUCAUGUGGAAGUUGCAUGGCGUCUCAACAAAGAGGAAAGCAAUUUUGAAAUUAUUACCUCAGAGUAUCUCUCGCUCUACAGUGAUGAGUCUUCUCUACUGGCAGUGGACAAUUAUUUAAUCCCUCAAACAGCAGCAAGUCAAAGACUGAACAUUGAUCACAUCACUAGACCUGAUGUGGACAUGGUCAAAGAAGAUCCACGAGACAUCAUCUAUAAAUUGCCACUGCUGCAUGAAUCUCUUCUGAAAGACGUGUUUCCUGAAUGUCCUUACUAUCCUAUUUACAUAUAUGAAAACUCUACCAUCGAGAGAUAUGAUGGAAUAAAUCAUGUUCGCUACUCGUCAGUGUACCCAAAUGACUACACGAGGCUUGCUAACGAGGACAUUAAGGCACAGCUAUGCUUUUAUGAAAAGGAUGAAACAUAUGAGCAAGGAGGUGGGUUUGGUCCAUAUCUAAAAGUUGAAAGAACAGAAGACAAACAAGAUGAGAAAAAUGUGAACAAGCCAAACUGGAAGCAGGUCUUCAAUGUAAAUCCGGUGGAUUUCCAUUCAAAGCAGAGCGAUUUCGCUGUCCACACCUGCAAAAGAGCUGGAAAUAUAAUAAUGCUUCAAAAAGACGUCAUGCCUAUAAUCAAAGCCUUCAGGAAUCAAUUGAAGAUAAACCCGAACACCAGUGAUCUGGCUCUGAAACAUGUGUUAAAUGUGGAAAAGAAAACGAAGACUGGAGUGGGCAGUCGCUACCUGCUGGAGAUGGAGAUGGAAGAUACUGAAGGAAGAAGUGUUCUUAUCUCGAAAUAUUUUUACACCACACGAAACCAAAGAUAUCCAGAAUUACCAGGUCUCUGCAGUCCAACAGACUUCAGUUGGGACCCGGACGUAAAAGUCCAUGUUAUUCUGACAGUUAAAAACCAGGGGAGGUGGAUCGUACACUUUAUCCGAGAAAUGGAGCGUGUGUAUGAAGCGACAGGAGACAAAAACUUCAAUGUCAUUAUUGUAGACUUUAACAGCACUGAUAUUGAUAUAGAGAAGGAACUAAGUAAUGCAAAUUUACCAAGCUAUCAAUUUAAAAACCUGGUGGGACGCUUUGCCAAAUCGCAAGGAAUUCAAGCUGGAGUUGAUCUUGUUGAAGAUGAAAACAGUAUUUUGUUCAUGUGCGACCUGCAUAUCCACUUUCCUCCAUCGAUAAUAGAUAAUGUGCGUAAACACUGCGUACAGGGCAAAGUGGCAUACGCCCCUGUUGUGAUGAGACUGGAGUGUGGCGCCACAGUAAAGGCUCCUGCAGGUUUCUGGGAAACUGAGGGGUAUGGUCUGGUGGGGAUUUAUAAAUCUGACAUGGAGCGAGUCGGAGGGAUGAACGUUAAAGAAUACACAGACAAGUGGGGCGGAGAAGACUGGGAGCUGCUGGACAGAAUCCUACUGCACAAGCUGGAGGUGGAACGACUACAUCUGAGAAACUUUGUACACUUCUUCCAUUCAAAGCGGGGCAUGUGGAACAAGGAGACAUGAACAUUGUAUUUAAAGUCUGUACAGUAUUAUGUAUAUAAGGUUUGGGUAUAUUUACUAACAUUAUUAUUAUAUAUUUAAAUUCUUUAGGCAUUUUAUAUUUUUGAAUAAUAGGAAAGAUGACAUUAUGAAUUAUGAAAUGAGACAUGAAAUUGCACUGUAGCUAAAUGUUCUUCGAAACAGCUACCUUCAUUGUAGCGUCUGUAUGUGCUUAAGAAUCAGAGCUCUUCAGUAAGCAGACAAUGAAAUAAAUGUGAUAUAAAUAAAUAAUACAAUAAUAUUUUCCAUUACAUCACUGGACGCUAGUCGAUUAAAUAGUCACUCACUAGCCAAAACUCUUGGGAUGUUGUCCAGUAUGGGAAAUUCAAUAAUUAAAUAAAGGGUAAUGAAAGCAACAAACUUUGUUAAUCUGAAAUACCUUUUAAUGUAUGCAGCCAAUUCUAUAAUAAAAUAUCUGUCAAUUAGAAAACA